GCUGGUACGAUUAACGCACGUCUUUGCCUUCGCCUGGCAAUAGGCCUGUCGUGACUGCGACGUCGCAGUAACAUCGUUGUGAUCGAACACUCACCGUCCGUCAGGAUGACCACUUGCUUUGCACGGACUGAUCGUAAUCGAGCCAUCGAACUCCCGACUGGAAACUGUUCAACUGGCACCAUGACGAGCGAAAGCGCCAUAUACUCUUCUUCCUCACAGGGGGGAGAGACAUCCACCGGGAUGGCCGGCGCGAGGAUCUCCCGCAUGCCCAUAGAAAUAUGGGAACGGAUAAUCGACCUUAUGGCGGAAAACGUCAACAGACAUUGGAGCUUGCGAAGGUCUCCUCAGUGGAAGACAUUGAUAUCAUGUGCCUUGACUUGCAAGGCCUUGUACAACCGUGCGAGAUGGCAUCUGCGGGGAAACAUCAUCCUCCGCAAUCGAGCAGACGUAACCUCAUUCUCAAGAUUGCUUCGCACUACGCCGUACCUUCGACAGACGAUGCGAUUCAUCACGAUAUCCGGUGGCUCGGGUGCACUCCCUCUUCCCGUCCCACAUCUCGGAACGUUCGCGAUCAUGCUCGCUCGCUAUCUCCCGAAGAUACAGACCCUCGUCAUCAGCAACGCCAAAUGGGGCGUGGGCUCCGUUCGACAGAAGGACAUCGUGCACCUAGCUGCAUUCCACGCCAUCGAGGAGCUGACGCUGGAUUAUGUUUGCUUCGCGACGGUGUCGCAGUUCUCGCAGCUGAUAUCCGCCCUGCCGAACCUGCAGUAACUUUUCUGCACCGACAUUGACUGCGAUUGCAAUCCGGGGGAGCAACCGCCGCUACUCCCGCUGAACCGCUCGCGUCUCCGUGAUAUCUCCCUAUCGGGCGACAUACAUCCCGCCAUCCAUGAUUUUCUGUUUCGCAUUGGCAAAACGGCAGAGCUGCUGGCUCUGAGCAUAACAUAUCCUUAGGCAUGAUCAGGAUUCGGGAGUUACUGGAUGCAUGCGCGCUCUCGCUGCAGUAUCUCGGCCUAGGACUGAAAUUCAAUGGCGUCGAAGACCAGUCCCCGGAGAAAAUCAGCGAGCAGAUCGACCUCAGCGGUCUCAACCUAAGCUCUCUGCGG